GUUCGUUCCAUCAUUCAGUCACGCGAAUUCGAAGCCGCAGGGAUCUCUCCGUGGGAUGUCGUCCUUCGUGAGAACUGCACGGUGCACUCUUCUGUGCUUACUGUGUUACCUAAUCGCGCAACAUCGCGUUCUUGCAGAUGAUAAUAAUCCUUAUCAAUUCUCCUUCAACAUCGUCGAUUUUCAGCAUAGAUACGAGGAGAAAGAUGCCGAGGGACUUAUUAACGGAGAAUAUGGCUUCAUUACGGCAGAUGGUGUUUACCACGAGACUGGAUAUGCCACGGAUAAAAGUGGUGAUUUUAUUAUCACCAGGCAGAGAAAUCGGAAGAUAACGAGUUUGAAGGACGCGCAGGAAAUAUUCAAAGAUAGACCGGAAGCAGCGAAGAAAUUGGUAGAAGCUGUGAUAAAGGCUUGCGGCGGCUGUAAGAUCCCAACGGACGAUCAUCCGAAACCUGCAAAGACAACGCAAUCGCCGUUGCAGAAAGAAAUGGACCCGAUAUUCAAGCAAAUGAUAAAGACACUGGCGGAAAAUGUAAAACAUGACGAGGAGAAACAGCCAGCGAAAGAGAUCGUCAAAAGCAUGAUGCGAGCUGCCAAGAAGUUAUUAUCCGAAGAAGAUAAACCGAAUGAAAUCAUAAAUGAUCGAGUGUUGGAAAAUAUGGCGAAUGAUCUGUACUAUCGAUUCAAUUACACAAUAAUGACGCACGGCCAUCACGAGGACGGUUAUCGAAGCGGGAAAAAAGACGGUAGCUAUCAGUCGCGAGAUGAAAACGGUAUCGACACGCAGGUGAAAUAUGUGUCGAAUGAAUUCGGGCAUCAACCCAACAUUACAUUUAUCACGCAGGCGAAUGCAACCGACGAAAAGCCCGCUUUCAAAGGAUAUUUGUUUCGUUGGUAUUGGCCAUAAGCUUCAUAUAAUGGAUUUUGUUCUAACGAAGAAAUUUAUAUUACAAAAAGUACUAACAUUUUUUUAAAUAAUAUCGAGCUACGUCUAAGAAUUCGUAAAAUUUUAGAAAGAAAAAUAAUAUCUUUAGAGACAAAAAAUAAUAUAUUACACAUUUACAAUAACUAAGAAAAAAUAUAUAUGUAUAAUUCAUUAUAAUAUAUAAACAUUAUUAUAUAUAUAAAUUAAUAGUAAAAAUAAUUAAUUAUUUUCUAA